AUGCUACCACCAGCCAUCCAGGAUUUUUUGGACAUGUCCUCAGAUCCAGAUCUUGAUGGUUAUCAAGCUGAUACCAGUAUCGAUACAUAUGAUUCCAAUGACACCCGCUCCAGUACCCCGGUCAUGACUUUGUCCGAUGAUCUACUUUGCAAUCCUGCAUGUUGGCCUUCUUCCCAUGCCCUCAGGAUUCGGGCACGUCUGGUAUCACUGAUGGAAUUACCGCAAGUCUCACAUGUUGCUACAACUGCACCACCAGCUCCGAAAAACGAUCCAAGCAGUGUUACAGAGCCAGAAAGCAAACCCGAGAAUCCACCACCUGUCCUUCCCCCUCCAAAAAAUGAUCAAAGCAGUGUUACAGAGCCGGAAAGCGAACCCAAGAAUCCACCACCUGUCCUUCCCCCUCCAAAAAACGAUCCGAGCAGCGUCACAGAGCCGGAAAAUGACGUUGAAGAACCACAGAUCAAGACUCCGAUCAAGAGCACAAUCACCAUCCCCAAAAAGAGAGGAUUCUUCGACACUCCGAGUCCCCCAGGGCCUGACUCAUUGUAUUGGAAGUAUGUGUCACAAGAAGAAGAUGCAAAGUGGUAUGAUCGAUCACAUACCGAUAAUAGUUUUCUUACAGUGCAUCGAAUCAAGCAAGAGCUCAAAGACCUUAGUUAG